AUGCCUUUAACAUCUCGCCCUGAUGCAAGCGAUCCUGAAGACGUGAUGUUGCGCAAACACGUAACGGGUCGUAGAAAUGUACAACAGAUGCUUCUCUUCCUGUACUUACUCCAGACUAAGAAGGUACCAGAGAUUAAACUAAUGUUUACUCCAUUUUGCUCUGUUGCAGAUCAGCUAGGGCAUGGGGCCGCCGUGACCAGCUGCAGCCUUGGAGCCCCCCGGCUCCCAACAUCAUCACUCUUGAAGGAAGAUGAAAUUUACAGGAGACUCUGA